AAUUGGCCUUAAGAAAAAAUAACCAAAUAUAUCCCAGAAGCCAAAAUUCAGAUUCAACCAGAGGACUCACAAAAUAAAAAUAAUAGAGGGUGGACAGCUGAGCGAGGGAUGAAUGCCCGGCUGAUCCUGAAGCAGCUUCCGAACCAUCUGAUCUUCCGCAUCCUGCACUAUUCCUUGGUUUCCCAGCAGCUGCGGGACGAACUUGGAGUUGGUGCAGGAUCCUCGAGGUUAAAAAAGGGCGGGAGCAAGCUCUUGGAGUGGCAGCCCUUCGCCCUGUGGCUGGCCAACCUGUUGCUGAACUACGCAGGCGAUGCCCUGGGAAACCUGCUCCUCGGCAGUCUGCCUCUGGAGCCACUCUGCAAUACCGCAGAUAUCCUGCUCUGCUCAGUAAUCUGGUACUGCUUUUUUUACUGCCCUUUUGACCUGGCAUACGACUUGGCCAGCACAAUGGCCUUUCGCAUACUGGCCACCGCCUUGUCAACUAUCAGCCAGAUUCAGCUAAUCGAUCGAGGAGUACAUUUGGCGGGAAAAGUGUACGAAAAUGCUCCCGUUCCGAUGCUGAUAGUUGGUACUGUCAUGGGCAGUGGAGCAGAAAUUCUGAAGCCAGUGGCCAGUCUGUUAAUCAAUAGAUGUCAGCACAACCAGUCGGCCUAUCUCAAGCUAAGCAACAACUCAAAGCUGGCGCUGUUCCUAUCCUGCCUUUUCAUGCUGGAGAUCUUUCAGAGUCCACUGAUUCUGGGCCUCAACCGUCAUAGUCUUGUAGUCUACAGCCUGGUGAUGACCACUGCCUUUAAAUUCCUGUCGCUGACCUAUCGAACGGAUCAUUUUAUAUGGCUGUUGGAGCAUCAGUUACGAUAUAUCUUAUUUGGCGGCCUUUCGAGGGAUUUGACCAAGUUCUUUCAACGCCUGUCGGAGCCAGAACUACGGCGAACGUGGGCGUUCUCGGAAUUCGAUUGAAGCCCUCGUGGGGAUUGCGUAAUCUUACCCCCCUUUGCAUUCCCCUCUAGAUUGAGGGGGGUGUGUGUGGUGGGUGGGCAUUUAAGCGGCUUAAGUUACCGCCCCGUCCAGCCAAGCGAUUGGAGAACUGCAGCAGAUGUCUCGCUUGAUCGGGUUACGUAUGCUAAUCAGCUUAGAAGCAUCCGCGGACAGUGGACAAUGGACAGUGGACAGAGCGAUGGAGCAGCGGAUGAGGUGCUGGGUUACGACCACGCGGACAAUGGAUGCUCGAGAGUGCUCGUCCAGCUGUACUGUGAAAAUUCUGUUUGGGAAUAAAUCCACACAUUUAA